AACCACACUUUUCUACUGAAGAAAACAAACAAUAUUGUGACUGAAUAUAAACAAAAAAAAGCAUACAUUUUCUACUUUAAUUAAUAUGAUUUAUUAACAGUUUUGUUUAAUCUUUACCUAAUUAGGGAUAUUUUUCCAUUCUUAUAUAAGAAUACAUAUUGUGCAGAAAAAUCCCAAAAGGAUCAAAAAUGAAUCCAGAGUAUCAAGAUUAUGCAGGAAUUAGUUCAGAUUCGACCCGGAUGUACGCUGAACAAAUAAGUAAUUGUAGUCAGAUAUCAGAAGAUGCUUGUAAUUUACUCACCGAAGAUAUUAAUUAUAAAUUGAGAUACAUUAUAAAUGAAUGUCUUAUAAAAAGUAAAUUACAAGGUAGAGAGUGUCUGUUAUCCGAAGAUGUAGAUGAGGCGUUUUCAGAACUGCAGAUUGAUAAAGUGUAUGGUGCUCCAGAUAGCCCCAACUGGUCUCCUUUCAGAGUUAGACAGGAAACUGUAUAUUGUUUAGAGGACCAAAAAAUUAAUUUGAUUGAGAUUGCUGAAGCACCAGUAUCAGUAGCACAAGAAGGUGACAUUGUAUUGGAUCACGUUUGGUUACCAAAUGGGAACGAUUCAGAAGACGACGCCGGUAUGGAAGAAGCCAAUGAGGCGUUUAGAGAAUAUUUCGAAACCAUGUGUGAUGCAAUCAUAUGUGACAAGAAAAAAAUUAGGCAUAUAGCUUUGAUAGAUAUUGCCACCAAUCCACACAUUGGCCCAAUCACAGACUGGUUUUAUAAUUUUUCAUACUUUCUUUUAACUAAAGAUCUUACUUAUGAUCGAUUGACAGUUCGGGCCCUCCAUUUGUUGGAAGUAUUAGAAAAUAGUGCUUUAAGAAGUUUACACAUUAAACAAAAACAGCUGAAGCUGAUAGUCACUGUGUUAUUGCAGAGGCUUUUAAAAACCCGUAUAAAACCGGAUACGCUAAAAUACAUGUGUUAUGUUCUAUCGCUUUUAUGUCUAAGGCCAUCACUUCGAGAACUGGUUAUAAAUAAAUUGCUAGACAAAUUGUCAGCUCUUUACUGUACAAAGACUGGUGCCUUACUAAAUAUUAUCUAUUAUAUUGGAAUUGAAGCAGUUAGAAGGAUAUUUUUGCCAAGAAUUUUCAAUUUUUUGACAUUGCCAGGAGAUCGUAGAACUCCUGAGUUGACUGAAACUAUUCUGGCUAUUUAUGGGCUGUUAUGUAAAUACAAUCUGAAUAUAAAACUAAUUUACAAAAUGUUCAGGGCGGCGUUUGAUUACAAGUUAGUUCCAUAUUUUCGUUCGAAGUUUGACGUGUUUUGCUACGAUAUUUAUUUAGAUGUAAGUAGAUUAUACGACGGAGCAGACCAUAACCAAGAGGCGGAAAGAGACGAAAUAAGGUUAAGAUCUAAAUUAAUUAAAACCAGAAGAAAAGUAGACUACCGGGGAAGCUAUACUUUUAGACACCGUAUAGAAGAAGUGUUUGACAUUGCUUCGCAUAUAUGCUUCACGGAAAGAACUAAGUUACUAACACUUUGUAAGAAAAAAGAGCCAGUUCGAACGGGGGUAAGUUUUAGUAUUAUCGAGCCCUGUUGCACCUUAAGGAAGAAACUACAAAACUGUAAUCAGUUGUACGAGACCACGCGCCCCAGGAAGGAGACUCAGAUCACUGUUGGAAAGAUCAGUCUUUUAUUGUCUGUGCUGAAACAAAAAGGAACAAGUCAAUGUAUCGAUCACUCGUUGCAUGGUGUUAUUAUAUAAUAAAUAAUGGUUUUUGAUUAA